UAAUUUCUAGCGAAAAGAGGAAGUUUUUCAAAAUAACAUAUAGCUUAGAGAGUAUAAAAGUUCAAAGGUCGAAUUCGUCUGCUUGAAGUGGGCAAGGGCACCUGUGACAGUAGGAAUCGUCUGAGUUUUUGAAAAAAAACUACUACAUUAUUCAAAGGAGAUGUCAGAGUACCUAAAGCCAGCAGCAGCCAUUGCUUUGCCCUUUUUAGGUGGAGCAGCUGGAUCUGUGAUCUCAAGAACAAACAUUUCUCAAUGGUAUGAGAACAUAAAGCGCCCCUCUUGGAGGCCCCCUAAUUACAUAUUUGGACCAGUGUGGACAGCCCUGUAUGGCAGCAUGGGAUACGCCUCCUACCUGGUGUGGAGGGAUGGAGGGGGAUUCCAGGGGGAAGCAGCCCUGCCCCUGGCUCUCUAUGGAACACAGCUGGCUCUUAACUGGGCAUGGACCCCCAUCUUCUUUGGAGCUCACAGACUGGGCCUGGCUACCAUAGAAAUUGGCUGUCUAUGGGGGACCAUCGUGGCCACAAUCUUCACCUUCCACAAGGUCAAUGCUACAGCGGCCCACAUCUUGUUUCCUUACCUGGGCUGGGUGACCUUCGCUUCAGUCUUGACCUUCAAAAUCUGGAGAAUGAACAAGGACGACAAUGAGGAGAAGGACUCAAAGUCCUCUUAAAGAUACCUUUGUUGUUUUAGGUUAUAUAUGACAUUUACAAUCUAGUCUGGAAGACAGUACAAACUCUGUGUGACAGUGUGAUUAACUGUAUUCAGCAGCAAGGCCUUAUCUUGGUGCACAUGUACUUAGUCGAAGAAUUUGAAUAGCAGAGCUAUGAAUAAACUUGUAAUAUAUAUAAAGAAAGGUUUUUUACUUAAA